AUGGUCUACUUGAAAUUUUUCUUCUUGGUCCUGAGGCUUUCCUUUCUAUUUUGGAGUUUGACAGGUACCAGGUGCUUUCUGAGAAGAAACGAUAUAGAUAUCUGGGGUCAAGAUAAAGAUACUGAUUGUUUGUUUUCUAUUUAUACAAAUCAUGGUCACAUGAAGAAUGAAAUUUUCCCCAGUAAUCUAGAUAAGAAGCUGACUACUAAGAAUAUCCACUUGAUUUUUUCUCUUUAUUUUGCUCUUGAAAAUAUCAACAAAGACACUCAUAUUCUGCCAAACAUUUCUCUGCUAGUUAAAGUUGAAUGUAAUUUACUGGAUGAUUGGAGAAUGAAUAGUUUAUCCACAAGAAUUGGUGAAUUUCUUCCUAACUACUACUGUAUAAAUCAGAGAAGAUACUUAAUUGUACUUACAGGUCCAAUAUGGUUAUCAUCUGCAAUGCUUGGACCACUCCUGUACAUCACUAAUAGACCAGAGAUUUACUAUGGGCCAUUUCAUCCUAUUCUGAGCAGUCGUGAACAGUUUCCAAAUCUCUACCAGAUGGCUCCUAAGGACACAGCUCUGGCCUUGGCAAUGGUGUCUUUGGUGGUAUAUUUCAGAUGGAACUGGGUUGGAGCAAUCAUCUCAGAUGAUGACCUAGGACUUCAGUUUCUCUUUGAAUUGAGGAGAGAGACACAUAAAAACAGUGUAUGCUUGGCCUUUGUACACAUUAUUGUGGAAGAUAAAAUAUUAUUCCAGAAAAAUGCAAAUAUCUUUUAUAAUGAGAUCAUAACAUCAUCAGCAAGAGUUGUUAUCAUUUAUGGAGACAAAGACUCUCAUCUUCAGCUCAACCUUAGACUCUACAGAUUAGUAAAUGUUCAGAGGAUCUGGGUCACUACCUCAGAGUGGGACUUAAUCAAACAUAAUGAGAGAUUCCUUCUUGAUUCCUUCUUUGGGACCUUUACUUUUUUGCCUCAUUUUUCUGAAUUAUCUGGUUUUACAACAUUUAUUGAGACAAUAGAUCCUUCCAAGUAUACUAAUCCAUUUGCUCUUGCUAAAUUAUGGUGGAUUUAUUUUAAUUGUUCCACAAAUUCAUUUAAUUUAAUGAAAAUUAAGAAUUCCUCAACAGACAAACUAUAUAUAUGGUUACUCAAGCACAAGUUUGAAAUGUCUGUGGGUGGUACAGGUUAUGUCCUAUACAAUACUGUGCAUGCUGUGGCCCAUGCACUCCAUGAGAUGCUGCUACAAGAAGGACAUACAUGGCCAAAUUAUUCUGGGGAAAGGCUGGAAUUUGACUCUUGGCAGGUGGUCAAUUUCCUGAAGACCAUACAAUUUAUAAACCCUAUUGGAAAGCAAGUGAACAUGAAUCUGAAAGAAAACCAGGAUAUGAAGUAUGACAUUCAUUACACUAUGGAUUUUUUGCCAUACCAUGGACUUAAGGUCAAAAUAGGAAAAUUUUCCAAACAUUUGUUGCAUAGUCAACAGUUUCAUGUGUCUGAAGAGAUCAUAAAGUGGAAUAUAGACCUCAGGAAGAUUCCACCCUCAAUAUGCAGUGUGCCUUGCAGUCCAGGAUUCAGAAAAUCCCCUCAUCAGGGAAAGGCUGUUUGCUGUUUUGAUUGUACCCCUUGCCCAGAGAAUGAAAUUUCCAAUAUGACAGGCAUGGAUCAGUGUGUGAAGUGCCUUGAUGAUCAGUAUGCAAACCCUGGAAGAAAUCGCUGUCUCAAAAAAGUUGUGACAUUCCUGGGAUAUGAAGACCUCUUGGGAAUGUCUCUAGCCUGCUUGGCUGUAUGCUUUUCUCUACUAACAGCUGGCAUACUAGGUGUCUUUUUGAAACACAAGGACACUCCCACAGUCAAGGCCAAUAAUCGAGAUCUUAGCUAUGUUCUGCUUAUCUCCCUCAUUUUUUGCUUUCUCUGUUCCUUGCUCUUCAUUGUCUUUCCCAAUAUAAUCACAUGCUUGAUGCAGCAGACCAUAUUUGCCAUAGUGGUCACUGUGGCUGCUUCUACGGUGUUGGCCAAGACAAUUACAGUAGUACUGGCCUUCAAGGUUACUACUCCAGGUAGAAGGAUGAGGAGGCUGCUGGUGUCAGGGGCACCGAACUUCAUCAUUCCAAUCUGCACCAUGAUUCAACUGAUUCUGUGUGGGAUCUGGCUGGGAACUUCUCCUCCAUUUGUUGAUGUUGACAUACACAUUGAAAAAGACCACAUUUUGAUUGUCUGUAACAAAGGUUCAAUUACUGCCUUUUAUUGUGUUCUGGGAUACAUGGGAUCCAUUGCCCUGGGAAGUUUCACUGUAGCUUUCUUGGCCAGGAAUCUGCCGGACACAUUCAAUGAAGCCAAGUACUUGACAUUCAGCAUGCUGGUGUUCUGUAGUGUCUGGAUUACAUUCCUCCCUGUUUAUCAUAGCACCAAGGGCAAGGCUAUGGUGGGUGUGGAGGUUUUCUGUAUCUUGGUCUCCAGUGCAGGGCUGCUUCUUUGCAUCUUUGCUCCAAAGUGUUUCAUUAUUUUGUUAAGACCUGAGAGAAAUUCUUUAAAAAAUUACAGGAAUGUGCAUUAUAAAAUUGAAAAUACUCAUUAA